AUGCCGCCGCCAGCCGAUUUGUGCGACAGUUGUGGCCGCUCGCUCGCAGCAGACGAGCCGCGGCAGCGCUGCAGCGACGAGCGAUGCGACGAGCUGCGACGCUGCCGAGCUUGCGCCGGCGAGCGCUGCCCGAGGUGUGGCGGCGAUGACUCGCUCUUUGUCGAUGAGGCAUCUCCGCUCGCGCUGCGCCGGCGCGUCUUUGCCGAGGCGUUUGCGACACAGGCCGGCGGCUCGGAGGCCGUCGACCCGCGGCUGCUGGUCGCGCGUGCCUUUGCUGCCUACGCCGGCCGGCCGCUGCUCGGCGAGCCGCGAGCCGACGGCAGUGUCCGGUGGUGGAGCUAUGGCAGGUGCGGCGCUGCGGCGCGCGCACUCGGCGACGAGGUGAGGCGGCGGUGCGGCGGCGGUGGAGCAGCGGUCGUCAUCUGCGCCUCCAACAGCGCCGGCUGGCUUCUUGCGGACUGGGCCUGUGCGCUGGCGCAGCUGGCCUUCCUGCGCGAGGUGUUUGGCGGCGCCGGCUGUGCCGUGUCGAACGGGUGGCGGGAUGAGCGGGGUGGCGGCGCGGCGCGGCUCGACGCCGACGGCUGGUUCCGCACCGGCGACAUCGGCCGGUUGCUCGAGGUAGUCGAUCGGCUCGGCUUCGCGGUCAAGCUGAGCAACGGCGAGUGCUUGCUCUUUGCUCGCGCGGGCGACGCGGCGGCGACUGCGGCGCGGCUGCAGGCCCACGAGCUGCCGUGCGCCACCGGCACGCUGGGUCCGCGCCUGCUCGCGUCGCUGCUCGCCGACGGCUGGCCGGUGGUCGCGGUGCUGCUGCGAGGCGAGGCUCGGCGCGUCGCCACCGCGGGAAUCGGCAGUGACGACCGCGUGCGCCUCUUCCGCGCCGACCUCGCCACACCCGGCCUCGGCCUCGCCCCGGCCGACCGCGCGGCGCUCAGCCGGCUAGACGUGCGCGCGGUCGUGCACAGCGCCGCCGCUCUCGACCUCGGCCGGCCGUACGCCGCGCUGCGCGCAGCCAAUGUCGGCGCCACCGCGGCGCUGGUUGACCUCGUCAGCCGCGCCGGCCGGCCGCCCCCCCUCUUCCUCUUCGUCUCCACGCUGUCCGUCAUUCCGGUGGCGUCCGCCGCCGCCGCCGCGGGCUGGCGGGCCGAGUCGGGCGAGGAGCUCGUGCCGCCGGCGUGCGCUGCGGCGCUCGAGACGGGCUACGCGCAGAGCAAGCUGCCCGCGGCGCGUGUGGACAUGCCCGUGACACGUGUCCAUGACAUGUCCGAGACAUGUCCCGUAGGCAAGCUGCUCGCGGAGCACUUGCUC